AUGACGGGAUGGCGGCAGCAGAUCCACCGGCAGCCCGAGUUCGGUUUUGAAGAAAAAGAAACUUCGGCUUUUGUCGCGUCGAAACUGGCCGGGUACGGGCUGGAAGUCCACACCGGCAUCGGCAGAACCGGAGUGCUCGGCAUCCUGAAAAAGGGAAGCGGGAGCGCUUCGAUCGGCCUGAGAGCGGAUAUGGAUGCGCUGAAAAUCAAGGAGCAGAACCGUUUUGCCCAUGUUUCCCAGCGGGACGGACUGAUGCAUGCCUGCGGGCACGACGGACACACGACGAUGCUGCUGGGGGCGGCCUCUGAACUGGCGCGAGAGGGAAAUUUUAACGGGACGGUCUAUUUCAUUUUCCAGCCGGCCGAGGAGCAUGGACUGGGAGCAAAAGCGAUGAUUGCCGACGGUCUGUUUGAGCGCUGGCAGAUGGAUGAGAUCUAUGCGAUGCACAACUUACCGGGCCUGCCGGCAGGAAGCUUUUGCGACGAGAUCCGGCUCGAUCAUGGCCAGUGA